AGGGAGGGAGGGCGGCGGGGCCGGGCCGCUCCAGCGAGGCCGCGCCAGGCCGGGCCGGGCGGAGCUCCUCUCCUCCUGCUCCUCCUCCUCCGCCGCCGCCGGCCGCGCCAUGUCCUCGUUCUCGGAGUCGGCGCUGGAGCGGAAGCUGUCGGAGCUGAGCAACUCCCAGCAGAGCGUCCAGACGCUGAGCCUGUGGCUCAUCCACCACCGGAAGCACGCCGGGCCCAUCGUCACCGUCUGGCACCGAGAGCUCCGUAAGGGUGAGGAGGAGGGAGGCGGCGGGGCGCCGGGGGACGCGGGGAAGAGAGGAGGCCGGGGGGCGCUCGCCCUCUCUCCCCCGGGUCCCUCCUCUUUCGCAUCCCUUCACGGCUAGGUCCGGGGAGGGGGGGGCAGCAUGGCCCAACAGUCGCGUAAAAGGGAAGGGAGAGAGAGAGAGAGAGGAAGCAGGGGGCCAGCGUGGCUGAGCCGUUGUGUAACCAGAGAAGGGGGUGGGUGGGUGUGUUGCCAGUUGUUGGUUUUUAGUCGCUUAGUCGUGUCCGACUCUUUGUGACCCCCUGGACCAGAGCACGCCAGGCACUCCUGCCUUCCACUGCCUCCCACAGUUUGGUCAAACUCAUGUUUGCAGCUUCGAGAACACUGUCCAACCAUCUCGUCCUCCGUCAUCCCCUUCUCCUUGUGCCCUCCAUCUUUCCCAACAUCAGGGUCUUUUCCAGGGAGUCUUCUCUUCUCAGGAGAGAAGAGCCAAAGUCUUGGAGCCUCAGCUUCAGGAUCUGUCCUUCCAGUGAGCACUCAGGGCUGAUUUCCUUCAGAAUGGAAAGGUUUGAUCUUCUUGCAGUCCAUGGGACUCUCAAGAGUCUCCUCCAGCACCAGAAUUCAAAAGCAUCCAUUCUUUGGCCGCCAGCCUUCUUUAUGGUCCAGCUCUCACUUGUACCAAUAAUUGAUCACAUAACAUAAAUUCCUAUAUACAUAUAUUCCUGCAGCAACACAGAGCACAAACACCGUUCGAAUUGCAAUGCCUACCAACUUUGCCUCCCUCAAAUAUGUUAUGGGACCUCAGCUCCUAGCAGUUGGUUCCUAUGGCCACCAGCAUGGCUGAACAGUCAUGUAAUCAAAUCAGCGUGCCCACCUCAUGGGAAAGAGCGCACAAGUUGCCAGUAGGGGUACCAAUAAUUGAUCACAUUACACUGUUAACGGAGAAAUCUGAGGGCUCCCUUGGACAAAAAAAACAAGGACACCAGCCGGGAAUACCAGAGCAAAACAGCAGCCAGUAGGCUUGGUCUUUAUUGAAGACUGUCGUGACAGGACUCCCAACUGCCACAAGAUGGGGUGGAAGCCCCCAACAAAAGAGAACCCAAACUUUUAUUAGCGGCCAGUCCCCAUGUUACACGCUCCAAAACGACAUCACUCAUACAUCACGGUUACAUCAUGAAAGGGGAGGUCUGGUGGCAGUAAUCUGAGCAUCCUGGACCCUGCCCCAUGGUUCUCCUUGCCCUCCACCAAACACCCAUCAAGUGUAACAAAAGAGAUAUUUAAAUUUCCCUGUUUCCCAGCCAAGUUCAUCAUACCCUUUUGUCUUCAUCUGGGUUUGUUCUUUCUGGAAUGGCUACCUGUCUGGCACUCAGGUAUCAGGAUGCCAGGGAUUAUCACUCAGGCAGAGGAGCUGCUGAGUAGCUGAGCUCACAUGUCUAUAGGAAUUUCUGAAGUUUUCCCAGUGACCCAGUACAUAGAUAAAUAAGUGAAUUGUUACAUUUGGUAUUGUGCAGCAAAGGCCCUUUGAAUAGAUAGGAAGAAACUGUGAUGAAGUGUUUGGUGGGGACAAGUCACAAAAGUGAUUGUUCUGAUUUUGGUAGUGGGCUGCAUGUGCAUGAUAUCUGCUGGAGGGGCAACCCCCCCCAACCUAUACAUAAAUUCCUGCAACAACACAGCACAAACACCAUUCGAAUUGCAAUGCCUACCAACUUUGCCCCCCUCAAAUAUGUUAUGGGACCUCAGCUCCUAGGAGUUGGUUCUUAUGGCCGUCAGCAUGGCUGAACGGUCAUGUAAUCAGAGCAGUGUGCCCCCUCCUGGGAAAGAGCGCACAGGUGUGGUGGGUGGGUGUGCAAGCGUGGCAUACCCAGAGAACCAUGCCCCCUCUUUAGAAAGGAUACGUGAGAUGCCAGCAUGGUUGAAUAGUCGUGUGAUCAGAGUGCCAAGUCCCCCGAAAGACUGCAUUAGGUUAGGGAAUGCCAGCAUGGCUGAACAAUUGCCUGACCAGAGCACUAUGUGCUGUCCUGGAAGGGUGUGUUGUAGGAGAGCCUUCCAGAGCAGAGCAGGGUUGUUGGGAGGCCUGUGGAGGCUCUCCAGAUCCCAUUGUUCACAACAUCUUUCUAGAACAGCUGUGUGAGUUGUGAGCUGGAAGUGUGGAGGUUCCCCUGCUACUUGCAGGGCUGGUAUCAGAAGGUAGCUCUGGGAACCAUUACCCCAUGCUGUUAAUAUGUGCUGUAUGUGGAGCUGCCCUUGAAGACACUUGGGGAGCUGUAACACGCUCAGAAUGCAGCUGCUGGGAUUUUAACUGUGAGCAGUCCACUGGGAUCAUAUCUUGCCAGUUAUGAAAGGGCUUCACUGGAUUCCAAUAAAAGGUGUGGAUUUUGGUUCUGAAAGCCCUACAUGGCUUUUGACCCAGGUGCCCAGGUACUUACUAAUAAAUAGAAAUAUUAAAAAUCAAUUACAAUAAGCAUACCUGUACAAUUAAAAGACAGGUCCUUCUGCCACAUCAAAAGAGUCCAUGAAUACUUAGAAACCUUAAUCUGAUUCUCCAGAUGAUCAACCUGCCUGGAUGUUAAUAUCUUCUACCGAGGCCUUUUUUCAGGUUCCUGUGUCAUUGAGAUAAGGUGGGUGGGUGGUAACAGAAGCUUGGUGUCUUCUGUGAACCACCCUGAGAGCCCUGGGUAUAGGGCGGUAUAUAAAUUCAAUAAAUAAUAAAAAUUUUAUUUGCUUCUGCAGGGCAGCAUUUAGGAGCUGGGGAUCCCUGCAGAACUUGGGCUGUGGGCUUGUUAUCGCUUAACAUCCCAACUUGUCAUUUGUAAUGCAACUUGAUCUGCAGGCUCUUUCCCCACCCCUCUCAGUGGCGGCUUGAGCUGAAGAUUAGCUUGGAGAACCUGAGCAUAAGAACUGAUGAUGUGGUCUUCACAGCUUUGAUCAGGGAAGGCUCAGACUUUCUGCCUGUAGAGCUCCCACUGGGACUGGUCCUUGUAUGAUUCUUCUGUUCCUCAAGCUUCAGUUUUGACAAAAUGUCUACUAAUUUAUCACCUGCUGAGUUGUUCAGCUUCUCUGUAUCCGCCCAACACAGGGCCUUGACAAAGGAUGUGUUUGAGGAAUUAAGAACUUACAUUGUGGCUGUUCUUCUAAUGGCAGGUGCUGAGCUCAGUUUUACCCCCUCAUAAGAAAGCUAUUCUUCCAGCCUUGAUAGUAUAAUUAAUUGAUUGUGUGUCUUGGUGGAGAGACAUGUGUCAAAAGGCACUCUUUGCUUAGUGCUGGGUAAACCUGGUAUGGGAAAGGGAGGGUUUAAAAAUUGCAGGCCUGUUAGGGUCAAAAGUCAACAGGGGCAACUGGCAAGCUACACAUUGGCCCAGAACAUCUUCAGAAAACUAAAUUGAAUUGCUCUGAAUAGCCUGGGUUGUCUGUUCUCUGGUGCACAGUAUAGUCUAUUGUUCAGUAUUCAGCUUCAAGGGCAAAGUGUUUGUUCUUGAUCCUGUCCUGCUGGUUCUAAAAAUAUACGAUUUGCAAAUAACAUUUGAGCUGACUGUUAGCAAGGAGUGAUCCCUCAGUUGGUAAAGUAAGAGAAAGAUACCUGGUUUCACACCUAAAUGGGGUCUCAGUAGCUGGUGCCUUUCCAGAAGUGUGGCACUCACUUUGUCUGCCCCCGUCUUCCCCCUGCCCCUCCAGCACCCGGCGGUACCAGGUCACAUCACCUUAGGGUGAUGCCUUGCUUCUACAGUUAGAAAGCUCUGUUAGGAGUCUAAGGUGGACAUUUAUUUUUUGGAAUUUAAAAUGUGCUGGUUGGUGCCAGGCACUUACCGCUAUAGUCACUCUGAACUUAAUGAACUAUUCAGAACUCUAAUGAAAUUGUCAUGUUUUGAAUUGGGGAGGGCAGAAGACUUGCAAUAAAGACUGUACUACUGCUGCUCUGACGUGCUGUGCCAUGCAUUUUUUUGAAUCAAUUUGAUGCUCUGUGGCAUGCAUUUUUGAUAGUCAAUUUGUGAACCACCCUUCCUUGGUUAGGAUGCCAAGCGGUUUCUGCGUUUUGACUCAAAGGAGCCAGUUUGCAUUGAGUGGAACCUGUUGAACGCAUGGUGCAAAGAAGCCAUGUGUGUGGCUCACUGCAAUGAAGUUGAACUUUUAUCUUCAGAACAGAUAAAAAGGAAAUACAGGGAACAACAGAUUUGCGGCGGGGGGGGGUUUACGUUCCUGACCCCUGCAAGCAUCUGUGGGGUAUGAAUAAGCCCCUCCCGCCACUGCCCCUCAUCUGUGUUCUCUUAAUUUGGUACGAGGCUACCAGGGUGUUGUUGUUUUUCAAAAGCUUAGCUUUGAUACUGUGGCCUGUCAGGUUUGAGCAAUAUAGGGCAUGCUUGGAUGAAAGCUAUCGUAGAAUCGCACAGCCUGUCAGCAUCAACAUUGUUUUCUGGGGCUGCCUCUUUCCCCAAGCCUUCACCGUGAUUACCGAUGAGUUCAUUCUUGUCAAUGCCACUUGCUUGCUUGUUUUUAAGGAUUUCUACAAAUAAGUCAUAUUUAUUGGCUUUGAUAUUGAAAUAAUUACCACUGAAACAGCUCAGUGCAGCCAAGCAGUUCACACAACUCUUCUUGGAAUAUUGUAAUUAGAAUGAGCACCAGCUGCAAGUGCUGAUGGUGCAAAGAAAUGCUUUUUUGGUAGCUGUUUUCUUUUUUCUUCCCUUCAACUCUCCAGACUUCCUUUCUCUUCAAGUCUGGGAACCUAAGUCUUUUCCAAGGGCAGCAGAAUUCUAUGAAAUUUGUUAAUUUAGACACCACACCAUGCCAUAGGGGUUGGCAUGGUUUCUCAAUAGAGAGUGACUCCUUUUGUAUUUGGGCAGGCAUGAGCAGGGCGUCUGGGAAGGGCAAGUCCAUGCCUGGGCCUAGUUUACCUGGUGCUUUCCUACCCAGACCCUGAGCUCUAAAUUGGAUGCCUUUCUUUGAAUGCUCCCAGCAAGUGAGGCUCAGCAGGGGAUUAUGAGUCGCUGAAAGAGCCUCUUCAGCAGUGGCCUCUCUGUUGUGGAAUGCCUUUUCCUGAAAAGUCCACAGUGCUUGGUCUAGCUCAGGGGUCGGCAAAGCUUUUGUGGCUCGCCGCGGUGGGCCAGAGUGCGCAUGCACGCAUGUGCAAACGCUAUUUCCAGUGCGGAGGAGGCAUGUGCAACUUCCCAUAGGCUGGCAGGAGCUUCCUGCAGCCAAUGGGAAGCCAGCCAACAUUGCAGAAGGCGGUCCCUGCUCUGCUCUGUGCCGGUUUAGCACGGCGCAUGGGAGCCGACCGAGCGGGCGGUGGGGGUCCAUGAACCAGUUAAGCGACCCCCAUGGGCCCUUUGUGGUUGCUGACCCCUGGUCUAGUUCCUUUUUUGCAAAGGACAUUAAGAUUUUCUUAAGCUUUUAAUGUUUUUAAAUUUGCUUGUUUCCUUUGAUUUGUUUCUGGUUGUGCCUUAUUAUUUAAUGCUGUGUUUAAAAUAAUUUAAACAAUAAAUGUAAACAAUAAAAAUACAAGAUAAAAUGCAAUAAAACAAGGUUUGUUUCAUUUUGUAAGCCACCCAUCUGACUUGAAAUAGGCUAAUUGAGAGCUGUUUUGUCUUGAAAGCAUGGCGUUACUGUGGCUAACCACAGGAAUCUUCAAGAACAAAGCAAGCCAGCUUGGGAGGUCACCUUGCAUGAAAUGAAAUAUAUACUAGCCUGUGGAAGCUGACGCCACAAUAAACCAUCUGUUGGGUCUUUCAGUUGCCACAAGACGUCUUUCCUUGUUGUGCUUCUGCAGCUCUGCUCUGGUUAAGUGUAGAUCUGCUGCUGGCUUUAAAGAAGGGGGCAUGAAAUGAGAAUUUGGCUUCUGUUUGUGAUGUCGACCUCGAGGGUGGCUGUGAGACUGAAUGAAAAGGAUGGGUGACUUGAGAGCUAAACAUGCUAUACAGAUAUUUUUUUCCUCUUCUAUUUUCCCAGCAAAGUCAAGUAGGAAACUGACUUUCCUAUACUUGGCCAAUGACGUCAUCCAAAACAGUAAAAGGAAGGGGCCUGAGUUUACAAGGGAAUUUGAAUCGGUUCUGGUGGAUGCUUUUUCACACGUUGCCAGGUAUGUAUAGCAACCUCUUCUAAUGCCUCUGGCAACCUCUAGGCUGGAUUACUGCAAUGUGCUACAUAUGGGGCUAUCUGUGAAGUUUGGAAACUUCGUUUAAUGCAGAACGCAGCAGCCAGACUGUUAACGAAAACAGAUCUUCAAGGGAGGUCCUUUCUUCAGUCCCACCGCCCUCAUAGGCACACCCUGGGGGGAUAUGGAAAAGGGCCUUCUCGGUAGCUGCUCCUAGACUCUGGAACUCCCCCCCCCCCCCCGGAGAAGGUAGACUGUCUCCCUCCAUGUUGUCCUUCAGCAGGUGAAGACCUGCAUUAGGAUUGGGGGGAAGGGUUUGCUCUCUGCGGCUGAAACAUGAGCAGUAGGCCUGCAGGCUCUACACCGACUGUACUACAAGGGGCUUCCUUAAUGCACGCUUGCUUUGCUCCCUCUGGGAUUGAACUGGACACACUGUAUUUGAUCAUUCUGCGCUGCAGAAGUGUUCUUUUCAGAUUUCAGCAAAUCUAACUUUCCUUUGAUCUGUUAUUUGAAGAGUUAUAACUGUGGCAAACACAUUACCACUUGGAGUAUUCCCUGCAGAAAUUUCAGCUUGUUUCCUUCAGACCCCCAGUUGGCAGCCUUGUGCAAUUGCUAGUUAUUCCACGUGCCUUUGCUCUGUCUGAACACCAUUUUAAGUGAGGUCAGCUUCUCAAAUGCUAUGGAUUUAUCAGAUUUUUUCCACCAGAUUGCCUUUCUGCUUGGCUCGCUCCAUCUGUCAUUGAGUGACUGUUCUCUCACUGUGGGGCAAGCUACAAAUGAGCAGCUACGUGUCAUUUCUUGGCGCACUGUAUGUUAUCAGCUACUUAAAGGCUGUGGUGCUAUUUAGGGAAGACCUUAGUCUGCAAACUGAUUAUAUCUAGAACACACAGAUGAAUAAGUGAGCAAGUGUGUUCUGGAUAACUCUAUACUUAACUGGGUGUGUUGCUGAUGACUAAGUAUUCCUUUUACUUUGAAAUUGCAAAUUUCAAAUUUGUGUGCCUAUUGAUAUAAGUGGCUGGCAUGCUGGUGAACACCUUACUUGGGAAGCCUGAUGGGUUUAGCUCAGUUUCAUCCCUGUUUUGUCUCUGAUUGUGUCUCUCCUUAAACAUUUUACGUGGGAGGGAAGGAAUGGAGUGGACACCCUCUACCACUUUCCCCACUAGUGUGUGUGUUCUCUCUCAACCCCUUUCUGACGUUCUGAAUUUCUGACCCUCCAGAGAGGCAGAUGAGGGCUGCAAAAAGCCCUUGGAACGAUUGCUGAACAUCUGGCAAGAGAGGAGUGUGUAUGGCAGCGAGUUCAUACAGCAGUUGAAACUGUCUUUGGAAGACUCCAAUAGCCCCCAACCCAAAGGUAAAAAAAAAGUAUUUGCUUUUUCGAAACACCCUUGACUCUGAUCGAGCCACUAUGAAAAGGUAGCUUGCUAAGGAGCAAAGAAUGGUGUGUUUAUGGCAGUGGUGGGGAACCUGGAGGCCUUUAGAUGUUGUUGAACGAGAACCCUCAUCAUCCCAGGUCAUUUGGUCAUGCUGACUGGGGCAAAUAGGAGAGCCAGUAUGGUGUAGUGGUUAAGAGUGGUCACGUAAUCUGGGGAACCGGGUUCGCGUCUCCGCUCCUCCACAUGCAGCUGCUGGGUGACCUUGGGCCAGUCACACUUCUCUGAAGUCUCUCAGCCCCGCUCACCCCACAGAGUGUUUGCUGUGGGGGAGGAAGGGAAAGGAGAAUGUUAGCCGCUUUGAGACUCCUUAAAAGGGAGUGAAAGGCGGGAUAUCAAAUCCAAACUCCUCUUCUUCUUCUUCUUCUUGAAAAACAUCUGGUGGGUCACAGGAUCCCCAGCUGUGGUUCAUGGCCAUUUGAAUUCAAGGUACUUACGCUCAAGGGCUCCUGCUUGGUUGGAACUGAACUGAUGACAGUCUUCACAUCUGCACUGUGUAGGCACUUAUUGUAUCCUGUCCCUCCAGCUUCUCUGUAAUUUAUGUUUGUGGAGCAGGGUCCAUCAUCCCAGGGGUGUUUCUAGGCCCUGGCAGGCAACAGCCAGAAUGAGACAUUGGAAGUUGCCUUGUACCAGAUCAUAUUACAGUGCUACCUUGGUUCUUGAACUUAAUUCGUUCCAGAAGUCUGUUCCAAAACCAAAACAUUCCAAAACCAAGAUGCGCUUUCCCAUAGAAAGUAAUGCAAAACGGAUUAAUCCGUUCCAGGCUGUUGAAAAACUACCCCUAAAAUCCUUCUCCCCACCUCCCCAAUCAUUGCGAUCUUUCAGUCUCUUUCUUUUUUGAUCUCUCUCUCGCCAAAGUGGCUGGGCUGCAGAGCGCUGCCGGGACGCUUCUCUUCACCAGCCCAUUCAGCGCGAUCUCUCUAAAAACAGAAGCGCAACACUAAAAAUGGAAGUUCGGGACUCAGGACAUGUUUGACUUCCCAAAAAAAAUUGAGAACUGGAACGUUCACUUCUGGGUUUGCUAUGUUCAGGUUCUAAGUUCAUGAACUAGGCUGUUCGAGAACCAAGGUACCACCGUAGUUGUCUGUCUACCCCUGCAUUUUCUCCUGACUAUCGGCAUCUCUUCAGGGCCUCAGACAGAGGUCUUUUCCAUCAGCUGCCAUCUGAUCCUUUUAACUCGGGCAGGGAGGUUGCUGGACUGCAACUCCCAUCAACAUCCCAGACCUGCUCUCUGAGGUGGAAGGGAGAUGAACUCUAACACUAUCUGGAGGACCAAAGAUUCUCCACUCCUUUUCUAACUGGAGGCACUGGGAAUUGGGCAGCCAACCUUCUACAUGCAGAGCUUAUGCUUUGCUGCUGAGUUCUGGCUGCUCCCCAAAUCACAAGGUUUCUAAAGAGCAUUCUAUGCUCUGAAGCUCGUCUUGUUAUGGGAAUGAAGGGACUGUAGUUGUUCUUAACAUUUCUGCUAUCGCAGUAGCCGUGGUGGCAGUCAUCACAUUCUAAAGAACUGUGUCUGUUAAUGAUUAUUUGACAGUGCCGUAGGUCUCCAUGGUUCCUUGUAGUGACUUCCCCCAAUUGGGUUACAGAGAAGGCUGGGUUAAGCCCAAAGUCUAGGCAGAUGUCUAUAAACUGAGAGUAGCUUUUGAGUCAAUUGUGACUAGUUUGGCCACUGGGCACUUUCCCCAUCGUUCAUUCAUCCUUCACUAAAUUGGCACCAUUCAACUGUCAUCCUGGGACUGGAGCAGGAGGUUACGUUGUCGCAUUUGAUUUACAAUCUGACGUGUUUACUCCUGUGAUAGGAACGAGAGUGUCAGCGUGCAGUUGCCCAAAGCAUUUCCCUCCCCUGCCUCAUGAAGUCGCAUAUGAGGCAGCUUCAUCUGCUCUCAGAUGGUUUACCCUUUUCUUAUGAGCUUUACUGCUCUGUUUUUCAACGUAAUGGCACUUGAAAGGGGUGCUGGGGACAGAGGGCUCUCAGCACAGCUGGCUUUCCUCGAGUUCUUGGUCGGAAGAUCUGGCUUGGCAAAGAAGAGGAGCCCGCCAGCUUCAGGAGGGUUUAAUUUGCACCCUGGAAGCCAGCCAGAAACACCUGACCCCUUUGUCGAUGGCGGCAGCAAAUGCUUUCUGACCAGCUUGUGCUUCGUCUUUCUCCUGGUGCUGCCAGAUGCUGCUCCCCUUCCAGGCAUGAUUGCUGAGGACGCGCCAAACAUCCCUUGCCCUCCAGCUCUUCACCAUCUGUGCCCAGGUUCCCACCUGCAAAAACAUGCCGAUAGUUUUGUAUGCAAGGAGGAGGAGGACUGGUAUUGGGCAAACCUGGGGUUCUGUCCAAAAAAAGGAAAGGGAAGGGAAAAAGAACAAGGGGACACCCAGCCUCCCAAAAUAUUUUCUGAAAAGCCUCUGCAUGCUGUCCUCCUCUACAAUACGAUACGAUACAAUAUGAUAAUCUUUAUUCUCAGGCGGCUAAUCCUAGUCUUUAUAACCCUGUACCUUCUUCCAGAAGGCAGAAACUGAAAGAGAUCAUUUCCGGGGUGCGCACUAUCCUGCACUAUCUCUGCAGCUUUCUUAUGGCACCUGGAAGCAUAAAUUUGGUCCAAGGUGGGAAGAGUGCACCCAAUUAUUCUCUCCGCAGUCUUUACAACCCUGGACAGCAUUGUUUUUUCCCUGACCGUGCAGCUCCCAAACCACACGCACAGAUCAUAAGUUAAUACACUCUCAACAGUACAAUCGUAAAAUGCCAUCAACAGGUCCUUUGAGAGAUUGUUUUUCCGGAGGAUUCUCAGAUUCUCUACCUUAGAUGGGAGGGGUUUCUGGCAUCCCGGAGCUCUUUACUUGUCUAGUCUGCAGAGGAAGAAGACACAGGAAUCCAACAGCGCCACCUUGAGAUCGCCCAGCAAUUCAGCCUGAGAAGGAUCUGCUAUGGGGAAUGGGGAAGCCUUUUGUCUUUCUACCUUGGUGCCUGCCUCCCCAGGUUACUGCAGGUUCUUUCUAUAUCUGUAGUGUUCUAUUUAUCUUUGGCAGUUUGUGGGAUGGGUUUUCAUUUUUUUUUUAAAAAAAGGGAAGUAAAAUUCAUGAUAAGAUGAUGCAUACAAAAUAUGGAAAAUUCUGGAGUGUGGCCUAAUGUUAUGUUAGUCUUCAGUUGUUCACACCUUCCUGAUUCUUCCAGAACCUUUAAACCAGUGGCAAAGAAUGCCACCCAUCACCAAUUGUGCAAGCUCCCAAAAGCUGCCCCAAGCAGUGCAGAAUUGAAAUGAGGGGAAAUGGAGGCCUCUGUGGUUUCCCUUUUAUCUUUCUCACAACCCUGAAGGCAGGAGGCUUGUUCCUCAACCUGAUCUAUGGGACACUGUGGCAGGUGAGGUUGGCUUCUGUUUUAAGCUUUUAGAGCUAACUUUCUUUUCUUUUUAAAAGAUGAACCUGAUCAGACUUUGACCUUCAAAGCAGUUUGGGUUUUAUCACACAUGCACACCCGCUUUUCAAAAGGUACCACUGGGACAAUGUCUCCUUACAGAAUGUGACUGUCUCUCUUGUGUCUUUUCUCAGUUACAGAGGAGAAAAAGUCAUUGAAGCGGACAUUUCAGCAGAUACAAGAAGAAGAAGAUGACGAUUAUCCCGGGAGCUACUCCCCGCAGGACCCCAACGCUGGGCCUCUUCUGGUAUGUCUGGAAGGCCAAGGAUUGAGAGAGAAAAAGGCCCUGGAUUCUAAAGAGAGAGCCACAUGGUGGCGCCAUUAGCAAAUGCAAUAGGAGGACCAGUAUUAUACUGUUUAUUUGCUCAGAAACACACCCUCACGACUCAAGGAAGAACAUGGAACAUAGUAAAACGGAACAUAAAACAAAUAUUAUUCCAUAAAAUUGCUGCAGUCAAAGCAAAAUAAAACAAAUUGCCCAAAGCAAGACAGUAUAUUAUACCCAGCAUGGUGUGAUCUAAUUUAUAUAUGGUGGUAGAUGAUUCCAGGAAGUUCAUUAAACUCAGAUUUCCUGCUCUGCUGUCUGUUCUGUGGACCAGAAAUGGGGGUUCAAAUAUUCUGUGAUUGUAGUUUGGUUUUGAGGGCGGCUUGUUGACCAAGGGGCAGGGAGUGAGAGCUUUCAAAAAGCAAGACUUGUGUUGGAAUAAGAAGUUAGAAGCAGGGUGGUGGUGGCUACAUGCGCCGGGAAAGUGAUCAUGGCAGUCUCUUUAUGUCUCAAUUGCGCAGACUGAGGACUUGAUCAAAGCCCUGCAAGAUCUGGAAAACGCAGCAUCGGGAGAUGCCACAGUGCGGCAGAAAAUUGCUUCUCUUCCCCAGGAGGUUCAGGACGUCUCACUCUUGGAGAAGAUUACAGGUGAGGCUCUCAAGUGCCAACACUUGGAUGCAAAAGGCAGGACACAACUCUGUUCCUGCACCUGGAAACUGCCCAAUGAGACUAGCUUGUUUUUAAGGGUUUCCUUCACCCUCAGAUGCCAAAAGACGAAUAUGAACCUGCCUUUCCCCUUUUUGUUCUGUUCCAGUGUAGCUUGGACUCUGUUGGGCCACAUGCCAAGCCCUGCCUGCUGCUGUUUGUGUGGCAAGAGCAUUUGACACGUUCCUCACUGAAGGGGAUCAUUGCCUUGUAAAGGGAGCCCUGCAGACUGUGCACAGAGGCCACUGCUUUGACUGAAUAUGUGAGAGGCCCAGGACACAUUUGUUCAUUUCUGUUCCUCUCUGGCCCUUGAUGGCCUCCUCCAUCACUGCUUACAGUGUCUCACAGUGGGGGAAAGGAUGCCACUUUUGCAGUGUGUGCUGCUGGGUGGAGAUCUAGGCAGAGCGCCUGAUGCAUAGGAGUCGCACUCCCAAGGCAACUGUGGUAGCACAGCUCUCUUCACAGUAGGGCCCAGGGAGAGCUGAAGCAGGCAUUUAGCAGUAGAGUUCACUGUCUGUGCUCAUCAGAAGAGAGCCAACACAGUUUCAGUUCAGCACUGCUUUUGCAGAGGGUGGCACUGCAGCUAUCAGUUCAACAGAUGUUCUUCCCCAAGUCCUCUAAAGCUGCCUGCUCAGGCCUUAGCAGCUUGCUAACCUUGGGCGCACACAGAGCAGCUCUGGGACCACCCCUCCCUGCAGAUGUGCCGGUCUGCUUCCUGGAUCACCUGCAGCCAGCCAGCCCUAACCCUGACCUCUUGGCCUUCCAGGAAAAAAAGGACACUUUGGGCUAGCUGCACUUGUCUUCCUCUGCCAGUGCUUAAAGAAGUGUGUUGCUUGCUGGUCCUUGUGAAAUCCACGCUUGAUUGAAAUUCACCCCAGAUGAGCUGCUUUUUGUCACCCACACAAAGGCUUUUGCACACAGUCAGUGUCGAUUAUUUGCCACCUUUGUGCCUAGACAAAGAGGCUGCCGAGCGUCUUUCGAAGACUGUGGACGAGGCAUGUUUGCUACUAGCGGAGUACAAUGGGCGACUGGCAGCAGAGCUGGAAGACCGGCGCCAGCUGGCACGCAUGUUGAUUGAGUACACCCAGAACCAGAAGGACGUGCUGACGGAGAAGGAGAAAAAACUAGAAGUGAGUAGCGUUCCUCCGAUAGAUGCCGAGCAGCGUCCUUUCUUAGACGUGUCAGUUCCUCGAGUCUGCCCUGGCUUCUGGGGUUGCUUUAAUCCACAGGCCCAAUAACGGCUAUGUGGUUUGCAUAGUCACAGCUGAAGCAGUCACACCUGUGUCUCCACCACCACCCCAUGGGCAUGAAGCUGGGGACUGUGGCCUCUCCAGGUGUGUGCCCUCCCAGUUAAGACCCAAAGGCCUGCUGGGUAAAUGAAAAUGGUUUUUGCCUUGAAAUAGACAAUGAUGGCACCAGGUGAGACUCCCUGGAGAAGGGCAUUCCACAGACGGGGCCACCACCGAAAAGGUCUAUCUGUGUGGCCACCCUCUGUCACCUCCCCCCUUGGGUGAGGCACAUGGAGAAGGAGGGUCUCAGAUGACGAAUGCAGUGCCUGGGUUGGUUCAUGUGGGCAGAGGCAGUCCUUGAGAUACUGGCCUCCUGAGCCAUAUAUGGCUUAUCAGCCCUUUGAAUUGACCCCAGAAACGAAAUCGUAGCUGAUAAAUGCAGAUGUGUGAAGCUAUAUGCUCAGACCAUCGUGCCCUAGUAAGCAACCUGCUCCAGCUGCAAAUUUGAAACAGUCUUGAACUACAUGACUCUUGGGGUCCCUUCCAACUCUAUGAUUUUGUGAUUCAAAGGCAGUCCCAUAUAUAGUUUAUUGCAGCAAUGUAACUUUUGAGGUCACAUGAGCGUGUUAGGCUUUCCCUGUCCAGAUAGGGCUGUUGAUGGAAGGCAUUCUGCGCUCCUCUGGGGGAGAGAAAGAUAGCACACUUGUGUGUAAAGCUUGAGCGUAGGAAGCGUGUGUGUUUGGAUUGCUAUUUGUAUACAGUAGAAGGCAUCAUGUUUUAAUAGUUAAUGUUAAAAACGUGAUACAGUGGUAUCUUGAGUUACAGACGCUUCAGGUUACAGAUUCUGCUAACCCAGAAAUAGUACCUCGGGUUAAGAACUUUGCUCAGGAUGAGAAUAGAAAUCCCGCAGCAGCAGCGGGAGGCCCCAUUAGCUAAAGUGGUACCUCAGGUUAAGGACAGUUUCAGGUUAAGAACAGACCUCCAGAAUGAAUUACUGGUAAGUUCUUAACCCGAGGUACCACUGUACUUCACUUGGAAGAAGGAACUCCUGAAACGUGAUCUUGAAGGAAAUUUGGGUUCUGGGUUGCUCUGGCGUUAAGUUCAGGCCAGCUCCCCAGUAUUAUCAGAGUCCCUCCCACUUGCACUUUGCCGGUAACUUUCCUCUUCUUGGUUCACUUGAUCUGCUGCGCUCAGCUUUUCCAACCUCACCGCCUGCUGCCAUCUUGCGAGUUCAGCUGAAGCCCUUUUGAAUUGCUAUUGACCUGACGUGCAACCACGCAUGUGGGCAGAUGAUAAAAGCGGUUUCGUAAAAAGCCGCUUGACUUGGGAGCACAGGAAGCAGCUGACAGAUAUGGCUUUGGCAGCAGGCUGGAGCUCGGCAGCGUCCAAAAGCCACUGGAAGAGAGCGCAUGAGCCGGGUGGAGAGCCAUUUAUCUGAAAUGUACCAUUUUCAGCAGGGCGGCAUGUUCUGCUCUACACCCCGGGAUUAUGACGGGAACAUAAUUAAUGAUUCUGCUUGUAUGUCACUCUGCCAUCUGUUGCGUUGCCCCUGGCUAGCAUAUUAAGGGCUUCCUGUGGCUGUCAGGGCUGACUGUUAGGAGCAGCUGUUCUUGGGCGGAACGUGAGUUGCUGCAGAGUGCAGAGCUGUCCAGAAGGAGACAGCGAGUGCUAAGCAGGUUGUCCCAAUGGCAGCCUCUUGUCCUGCCACGGGGCUGGUGUUGUCGCCUCGAAAACCGCAUGUCGCCCUUGCUUUUCAGAGUGCCACUUUCUCUUGGCUCUUGUCUUGAACUUGUACAUGUUGUUGCAGAUGUCACAGGCGCGCUUGCACUGCAGCUCUUCUUGAGGCUGUUGGCUGAUGAAAUCUACUAUAAGAGGGGGAGCAGCGCGUGGUUUGAAAAUGUGCUGCUUUGUCCCUGACAUGAGCAAAACGCCCCUGCGGUUCAAGGAGUUGCACAGCAGUGCAACUGAUGCACUUGUGCUAAAGUCAUAAGCUCUCCUCUUUGCCAGUGAAUUGGGCAAGGCUGCCAUUCACGUUUGCACCCCCUGAGACACUUUGUAAGGGGAAGCAGUUCUCCUUGAAGUCCUAAGCCUUCUGGGUCCUUGGGAGCCUCCCAAGUCUGGUAUACCCUAUUCUGCAUGUGUUAAGGAGCAGGAUUGUUCCUUAAAAAUGGGUUUGCGGUGGCUCAGGGCACUGGUAAUACCACUGCUGCCAAAAUACAACGUUGGUUGAUGCAUGUAAGGUUAUUAGCAUACUGACUUCAGGAUAAAGGAAUCCUCCAGCUACAUCUCUUGCUGCUUUUCUGGGAACUGACUGGGGAGGAUUGCAAAGGGUGGCGUAAAUGUACAACUUGGUGUGUUUCAAGCUCUAUGGCAAAACAUCCUCGGUAUAGGUUUCUCCCGGGUAAUGCCCUGUUUGCUUUGUUUUGCCCUCUUAUGGCACAAGGUCUCUACUGUAGGAAAGCCAACCCCUCGUUCUCAGAAAAAGUGCGUUGAAAGGCCAAAAACUUUCUGGAAUGAACUGGGAGGAGAAAUUUGGCUCCCCUCUGGCAAAUCUAAAUUGGGAUUUAUUUUGCUAAGUCAGGAAAAGUCUGCAGUGCUCUGAUCAAAUAAGGCAUCUUCAGGGGUGCUCCAUGUUCUCAAAGUGAUUUUUCACCCAAGUACUUAAACAGUUAAUCCCUUUCUCUGGCACCACAGCUAGCUAUCUAAACAUUGGGGUUCAAAUUUAGAAGCUGCUAACAUAAUCACUCAUCGGUCAAGGCAGAUCCUGCAACUAAAUAUUAUUUACAUGGAAUGCCAGUGAUUUCUCAUUGCAGGCUGUUGGCCAAGGACUGGAAAUAGCAGGGCCUGGGGGUUCUGGGACCCUUUCUGGGCCCUGUCAUACCAAAGCAUUAAUCAAACCAGGACGUAUUGCCAACUGAGACUAGCUGGAAGCUAACUCUGGAGCAGAGGAAAAAGUAUUGGGUUUUAAUCUUCAUUAGGGGAUAAAGAGACAAGUUUCACCUUCAGAAGCAGUGGGUUUGGGUUGAAAAGAUGCAAAAAAAAGGGUAUGAUGUCUGUCCUUGACAUGGUGUGCAUAUGUAGGAUGCAAUUCACAGUUGACAUGUAGAACACAAUCUCAGACCUUAUUGACAACAGUGAAACUCUGCAUUGCUCAGUUUCAGAAAAAGUGAACUCCCAACGGGCAGAGUGGUUGAAUAAACCUUGGAAGACUGUUUUUGCGGAUAAAGCCAAUGUGCAGCAGGAAGGCAACAUACCAGCAAUUAUCAUGACAAAGAUAUUGAAAGAUGAGCCCUGCUCAUUCAGUUUUGGAAUGGCAAAGUAGCAGGCAGAUUGCGUCCUUAUAAUUGAUUUACACUAACUUAACUCUCUGUGGUGUCCCCUCUUUUAUUACUUACUACUCUUCAUUCCCUAUUACAGUAUUCCAUUUUGUUCCUUCUUUCUUUCUCAAAAUUAAGAAUGUAAUAACGCACAGACACGACAUUUCAGCCCUUGUAAACAGUUUUCAAGGAGGCCAGGAAAGCUUUGUUUAUUCAUUUAUUUUAAAAAAUUGUCUACUGCUGUGUGGUAUAUCAAAGGGGUUUACAGCAAUAAAAGCACAAAAAGGUAAAAGCAGACAUCAGUUAACCGUUGUAGAAGGGAUGUCGUAUUAAUUGCCUGCAUAGUUUACAGCAGGCCUUCAAAAGUUGGCACAAAAGGUGCCUGCUGAAUUUCUGGUACACACUAAAAAUUUUAUUAUUAUUAUUAUUAUUAUUAUUAAAGUGGUACCUCGGGUUAAGUACUUAAUUCGUUCCGGAAGUCCGUUCUUAAUCUGAAACUGUUCUUAACCUGAAGCCCCACUUUAGCUAAUGGGGCCUCCUGCUGCCGCCGCGCCGCCGAAGCACCAUUUCUUUUCUCAUCCUGAAGCAAAGUUCUUAACCUGAAGCACUAUUUCUGGGUUAGCAGAGUCUGUAACCUGAAGCGUAACCUGAAGCGUAUGUAACCCGAGGUACCACUGUAUUUAUUAAACUUGUAUACAGUGGUGCCUCGCGAGACGAAAUUAAUCCGUUCCGCAAGUCUCUUCGUCUAGCAGUUUUUUCGUCUUGCGAAGCAACCCUAUUAGCGGAUUAGCGGAUUAGCGCUAUUAGCUGUUUAGCGGCUAUUAAAGGCUAUUAGCGGCUUAGCGGCUUAGAAAAGGGGGGGGGGAGCGAAAAAAAUCUCAAGACUCGCAAGACAUUUUCGUCUUGCAAAGCAAGCCCAUAGGGAAAUUCGUCCUGCGAAGCGCAUCGAAAAACGGAAAACCCUUUUGUCUAGCGGGUUUUUCGUCUUGCGGGGCACCACUGUACCACCAUUUAUCCAUAGAUUUCUGGGCAGUUCACAAUAUGUUGGAUCCCAAACGCCUUGUUAGUCGGAACGUUUUGGCUCCUGAACGCCGCAAACCCGGACGUGAGUGUUCCGGUUUGCGAACAUUCUUUAGCGGAGUCUUUAGAAGCCGAACGUCCAACGCAGCUUCCGCGGCUUCUGAUUUGAGUGCAAAAAGCUCCUGCAGCCAAUCGGAAGCCGCGCCUUGGUUGUCAAAUUUUUUCGGAAGUCGAACGGACUUCCGGAACAGAUUCCGUUCAACAACCAACGUUUGACUAUAAAAAUACAGGCUCUAUACCUUGUUAUCAAGUGAGCCUCAUCAGCCCAGGGACUGACCAGCAGUGCUUCAGCAGGUGAUCUCAGUCCUCAAGGUGGGGUCAAAGGGUUCAGGUGGUCCCUGAUUUACUACCCUGGAUGGGAGGCUGUUGGGGGCUCUGUAAAUUAAUACAAGGACCUUGAAGCUGGCUCUGUAGUGGAUGGGCACCACUCACAGCGUAUCUCCCUUUAAGGCUGGGAUGGGGGAACUCUGAGCCUCACCCGGAUUGCGGCUCCCGCCCUCCUUGGCCUCUGGCCCUGCUUUAAGCAAAGAGAUCCCAGUGACACCUGGUAACUACUUAAAAGGACUGUAUUUCUCCAAACCUUGGGCUCCCAGGUCCACUAUUUUUGGAGGUGGGUGGGGUGGCAUUGAGAUCAAAAGUAAACCUGUAUCUGGAAUAAAGUGUGAUUGAAAGUUGGUCAGUUCCCUUUUAUACAUAUGUGGCGGGGUUGUAAGAAAGCCAAAGUAUUGCGAGAUGAUAUAUUCAGAACUAAAAAAGAUGUUUAAGCUGUCAUUCCUCCAAAAAAAACCCAGAGAUGUUGCUAUUGAAUAUUAUAGAGGGUGCAAUACCUAAGAAAGUACCGCAUUUUUCGCUCUAGAAGACACACGUUCCCCCCUCCUAAAUAGUAAGGGGAAAUGUGUGUGCGUCUUAUGGAGCGAAUGCAGGUGGGAGGCUCUGCUCAGUGUUCCCUUUAAGGAGCCGCGUUGAGUGUGUGUGCGUGCAGCUCUUGGGGGCUUUUCCCCGAGGAGGGAGAAGGGCUGCCCUUCUCCCUCCUUGGGAAAUGCCCCCAAGAGCCGCGCACACACUCCGCGCACUCUUUAAAGGGAGCACAGCUCUUGGGGGAGCCUUACCCGCGGGCAGUCUCUCGCGGGCAGGGCAUGAAGGCUCCCCUUGCCCGGAAGAGGCUGCGCACGGCCAAGCCAGAAGCCAGGACAGCGAGCGGGAUCGCUGCGCUGCGAUUCCGCUGGCUGUCCUGGCUUAGCCGCGCAAAGCAUCCACAGGGCAUGGGGAGCCUUCAUCCCCGUGCCCUGCGAAGGCUUCGCACGGCUAUCCCUGGCUUUUGCGGGAGAUGGGGGAAGGGACAGAGCGUGCAGCUUUGUCCCUUCCCCCACCUCCCAGAAAAGCCUCCCAAGAGCCGCGCUCCCUUUAAAGAGUGUGCGGCUCUUGCGGGAGGUGGGGGGAAAGCCAGUAGGCUUGCUUUCACUGAAGGCAAGAGGGAUCGGUGCGCACCGAUCCCGCUUGCUCUCCUGGCUUCAGGGAUAGCCCCGCAAGGCCUCCUGAGCGAAGAUGGAGGAGCGCUCCCUCUUAACUCAGGAUGCUUUGCAUUGCUUUUUAAUUUCUUGUUUUCCUCCCCUAAAAACUAGGUGCGUCUUAUGGUCCGGUGCGUCUAAUAGAGCGAAAAACAUGGUGCUUGGCCUCUUCCUAAACGCAACGGCAGCAGCCAGAAUAAUUUAUGCUCAAAAGUGGAAGGACAAAAAUAGUCCUACAAAAGAAGAAUGGCAGAAUAAGUUAAUAGAAUAUGCGGAAUUAGCAGUGUUGACUGCAAAGAUAAGGAAUCAGGAUGGGACAGAUAUAAGAGAGGAGUGGGAACACUUUGGAGAAUAUUUAAAGAAAUGCAAUAAUUAGAUGAAUUUCCAAGCAGAGUUAAAGAAAAGCAGAAGAGGAGUGUAAUUAAGGAAAUGCAGCUCAGCAAGGACUAAACAAGCACCCAUGAAGGGAUGUGUGGGGAAGUCCAAGUAUAUAAGAUAAAAGAAGAUAACUAUAAUGGAUGUAGCAAGCUAUGGAAAGAGAGUGUGUGUGUGUGUGUAUAAACUGUUGCUUGCUCCCCUCCAGCAGCUGAGUCAGUGUUUGGCAAGCCGGUUCUGGCCACCAUCUGAAGCCGCAAGUUUGCAGUUCUUUGUUGCAGCUCCAGCCUUUGAAAUUAACAGAAAGGGAGAAGAAGCCCAAGUAGUCAUUAAAAUGUGGACAGGGAGUGGAGCCCCUUUUUCCAGAAAGCAUCUCCAACACCUGCCCACACCCUGCCUUGCUGGCUCUGCAUCUCAGUUCUGCCCGACACGCUCGGUGGCAGGUUAGCAGCCCCGAAGGAUGCCUUUUCCUUUAAUAGCUCAGCCUGCACGGCAUCUUUUUAAAAGGCCCAUGUUGAAUGGUGAAUCUGAUUUAGUGUGUCUCAUCUGGAUCUUCUGAAGGAAUUUCCCUGAACCUAAUCUCAGCUGGGAUGGGAAUUGAGCAUAAGUCACGGAGUGUUUACUUUGUCUGUCUGAUCCAUGCAAGUCAGGAACAGCCGGCCUCAAUUAGGCCUAUUAAUAUUUUGUUUUGUUUUUUUGGUUCAGCUAAGUCUUUACUACUUUGGUUUGGCUGUUUCCUUUUAUGGGUAAUGUGCCUCCCUUGUGGAUGCAGACCAACCAUUUUUAGCACUGGGUUUAGGGGGGUCAUUGACUGCUUAACGGGCUGAACACCAGAGAUUUAUGAUGUCUUGUUGUUCGCCAUCUGAACUCCAGUUAGUAAGCCUGGUGAGAGAGCAUGGUGGAAAUCUCGGUGCCGCCACUGCUUAUGCAUGGGUGCCACAGAAUCAUAGAAUUGUAGAGCUGGGAGCGGGUUCCAGAGGGUCAUCCAGUCCAGCCCCCUGCAAUGCAGGAAUCAGCUGCAGGAUCGUUGGCAGACGGCCAUCCAACCUGUGUUGAAAAGCCUCCCAGUGAAGGAAAGUCCGUCACCAGCUUUCUGUCCAGUCUUGAUCAGGGGAUUUAAUCCCCCCGCCCCACAAUUGCUGUGGGUCUUGGUGGACCACGUAAUGAUUUUUCUGCCAGUCGUAGCAAUUGUAAUGCACUGUACUAGCAUGGUUCUUAAUUGCAUUUUUAUUGCUGCUUUUAUUAUGUAUUGUAUUUUACUCCAUAGAAUGAUGUGGAAUAAUUGCAAUGCCAUAAAACUAACAAUCAAACUAAUGCCUAUUGUUUUCAAAUUAUGAUACAAUAAAAGAAGCAAUAAAAAUACCAAAGAAAUACAAUUAAAAAACAAUAUGAGUAUGUAAUGCGAUGGAUGUCCCAUCUCCCAUCUUCAAGCACAGUCCAGAGGCCACAGAUGGUCUGGAUGAAGCCCAGUGGCCUGUGUACCACGCCUUAGAAGCCCCUGGUCUAGAUGAAAUAAGGUCCUCAGAUUAAGGCUACACCAUUGGAAAAUGCAGUUUGGGGUAAUUUCCUUGUGCCUCUCCAGACAGUUGUGUUACAGCACAAAUAGUUUUUACCCUGCUGCUCUAGUGAUGAUUCUCUUUUACCACAGUUGCUUGGAAGAUCAUUUACAGAUUUUUCUCAAGGUUAAGCACUCUGUCCCUUCUCAUCAGGCGCCUCUUUGGGAUUAAAUGUAAUCCUGAAAGAGCUCUGUGAGAAUUGAAAGGGGAGAAGGAUUUGGGUCAGCUAAGCCCCCUGAGCAUGGGGAGUGGACUGCGGCUGUUGAUUAGUCGGGGAGCAGGCGUAGGGGACCUUGAAAUGCUCCCUGUUGCUUGUGGGCACACUCACCCUCUUGCAGGAUGCCUGGAGCAGGGACCUGCCAGAUAUAUACACUUGCAUGCAGUUGAGUGUUUUUCCAAGAGAGAAUGCGUUGCAUUGCAGGGAGCUGGACUAGAUGGCCCUGGGUGGUGAGAGAAUGAAAAAGCGCUGACUUCGAGGAAGGACCUCCCCCCCUUGUCCUCCUUUUUGAGCCCUCCAUUCUGCUGCCCUGCCCUACUGGGGGGAGAAAGUGGCCUGGUGGAAUAGAACAUCCUUGUGGGAAUGUGCCCUUCCUGGUAGUUGUGGGCUCCCUCUUCUUACUGGUUAUGGGGAAGGACCCCCAGGCUUGGCAUGGUGGGUUGACGGACCCCCCUGCAUUCUUGGGUGCAGGAGAGCGAGGAUUGGCCUGCAGCUCUUGCCCCCUCUCCCUCCUGGCUCUCCCAGCGCCGCAUCCAUCACUGUCGUUCAGAGUCAUGUACUACAAUUUCCAAGCAGCAGAUUCUUGGCAGGAAGUUAUCUGUAGACUCAGCUGUGUCAGCCUCCUGUCUGUGAGCAUGUUCAGCUACGAUAAAAUCCCAUUUCUGUCUGCGCCCCUAGGCAAGGCUGUUAACACACUCUUCCAGCGUGUGUUUUUGGAAACAGCAGGAAUGACUUUGGCAGAGGAUAUACCAAAGGGGAAAAGAAUCAUAGAAUUGUAGAGUUCAAAGGGACUGCAGGGAUCAUCUAGUCCAACCCACUGCGGUGCAAGGAUCACACCUAAAGGAUCCCUGACAGAUGGCCAUCCGAUCUCUUUUAAAGCCUUCCAGUAGAGGAGGGUGCACAAGCUUCUGAGGGACUUUGUUCCACAGUCCAACAGUUCUUAUUGUAAGAAAGUUCUUGAUGUUUAGUCGGAAUCUCCUUUCUUGUAACUUGAAUCCUUUGGUUCUGACCCUCCCCUGUGGAGCAGGAGGAAAGAAGCUUGUUCCUUCUUCCAUGUGAUGGCCCUUGGGGUGUUUGAAUGUGGCCCUCAUAUCAAGCUGGGUCGGGGGCUGGCGCAGGAUGCUCCCAGCCACCCAUGAGAAUAGAAUGGCCCCAUGCACCCCACAGGUGCUUAACCCCACCACUGGUCCUAUCUCACAUUGCAUUCACAGAAGAUGGAUGGGGGUCUGUUUCCAGCACUAGCUCUGCUUGUCUCCUCCUAGACCUUUGUGUUAUUGGAAAGAAAAUGUUCUUCAUUUUUCACGUAUCCUUCUUGGCUGUGCAUUAGGCCAGACUCUUCUCCUUCUCCCCACCUCCCACUGCGAAUCUUCCUGGUUUUUGCAGGGCUACAGCUGGAGAGCAGUGCUGAGGGGUUUAAACAGCAACACACCCUUCAUCCCAAUUAAAGCUCUGGCUCCCAUCCUGAAUUAGAGCUUUGGUGCUCAUCCUGCAGCUUCCUGAACCCAGUGCAGGUGAUGAAGGAGUCUCUUGCCACAACAAACGCCUUCAUUGCCCAGGAGCUGCCAUUUCUGGGCCACAUCCUGAGCUGGUGCUGUGGCAGUGUCUCCCUCCCUCUCUUUGCUGGAGAACCUCCAGCUAUUUAUUUUAUGCUUGGUGAAACCUGUGGUGCCUCUUCUGCAGUCAUCCCGUCUACUGCUGUGCAUCUUCACAUAGAUCUCCAUGAAGGAGCGGCCUGCCACUCUCCUCAGCCUUGGAAUCCUGCAGGGAUUAGCAAUAGCACCUUAAAGGAAAUCCAUAUCUGUGCAUCAGCCGCUGUUGCUGAAUGUAUUUAGUGCUCCCACAGCAAACGGGGCGAAGAGCACACCACGGGCCCCCAGUCGAAGUGGGGCUCCUGCAUUAUUCCUGCUGUAAAGCCGGGAUCCUAGAAUUGUAUGAUCCCCAAAGGCCAUCUAGCCCAGCCCCCUUGGAUGCAGGAGGGAAAGGUGGGAGGUGGCUUGCAGAUGGAGAGCUCUUACACUGUUGUUUGGCAGACAAUGUGGUGAGGAGGCAGCACACUCUCCUCCCCCAGUUCCAAGGAGGCCUUUUUGGAAAGGAAUAGUCAGUGUGUCAGUACCCUCAUUCUUCCUGCGGGACAAGCGUCCCCUGGACCUUUAGCCAAGAAAGCCAACCAGAGCUACAGUUGUGGCUCAGGAGGUUGGGUUUCCCACAGCAGCUGGGUCAGAAAGCAUUUGGAUAGUGGGGAAAACAAGGGCACAGGGGAAGCAUUUUGGGGGCAGCAUUAUGGAAAUUCUUAGCUGUACCCCACCCCCAGAAUGCUCUUGGUUAAAUGCUAAGCCUGUGUGUGGCCUUUGGUUAGAUGCACAAGAUUUUUUUACACGUAGAAAACUAGACAGCAUUAAGACUUUCUCCACUGCAAAAUUCCUGACACUAUCUAAAGGCCACUUCUCACACCACACUUUGUAUUCUGGACAUGCACAUUGCAUUUUAGUGCAUCUGUGACAAAGCCCACGUGUGCUUGUGUUUUUGGCAGGUCAUAAACUGUUCAGAAGCAUUUAAGCCAUGUACAAAUGCUGUUGAAAUAAGCCUGGACUGUCCCCUUGUUUUUUGUGUAAGAUGGACCCUGGGAGCUGCAUGUGGGUUGAGCAGGACUUCCAAGGUCAAGAUGAGAUGAGAUGAGCUCCUUGGGCCUCUUCCGCUGCCCCCUCACCCACCGCUUUGCUCAGGGCCCUGCAGACCCCACAGUCCCACCCAUUCCCCCAGUCUUGGUCAGCCCAACCCCGCCUGAUUUCAGAAAGCAUAGUGGGGUGUGCGAACAAUAUAUGCUUCAGAUUGCCUGCCUUGUCCCUGCCGCUGUGCACUGAAGGAGUGCCCAUUUCGUGUUUCACCUCCUGAUUACCUCUUCCUCCUGCCCUGACCCCUGUUUCUUCUGCUCCUUAGUCUGAUACUUGCUGUGGCUCCACUUGGCCCAGCGCAGAGAUGAAGCUGUAGAAUUUCUGCCCGUGGCUGUAAAUGGCAAUCACAUUCACAUUAUGUUGCAACAAAAGCAGGGAAGGCUGCAAAUCAACUCUUGACUGCAGCUAAGACGAGGAGGAUGGUUGGGAAACAGGAGCAUCGUCUAAUUCAUUUUUUCCUUUGUGUUUUCUGUUUUUCCCUUUGUCCCCCCAGGAGUACAAACAGAAGCUUGCUCGGGUAACUCAGGUCCGCAAAGAGCUCAAAUCCCACAUCCAGAGCCUCCCCGAUUUGUCGCUGCUGCCCAACGUGACAGGCGGGUUGGCACCUUUGCCAUCUGCUGGGGACCUUUUCUCAACUGACUAGGGCACAUGGGUGUCUGCGCUCCCCCUUCCCCUCCCUCCACCCACAGUUCCAGUUACUACCAGCAGGACACCGGAAAUUCCCACUGCAUUCUCACACAGGAAGGACUGGACAUAGGAUGACUCUCCUUAGACCCUCCGCAGGACACGUCGUUGCAGUGGGACAUGGCUCUCUCUUGGAAGGAAGGAGGCAAGCGCCCUCGUGUUGGGCAGAAAAUUCCGUUUCUCUUUGGCUGCCCCCAUUAGCACCUCCAGUUUCCACCACCACCUGUGCAAAUCAUGUGUGUCGUCUUCUGAGAGCUUUUUAGGCAAAAGAAAGAAAAGUUGAUUUACACUUUUGCUCUCUCCCCCUCCUUCCCCACAUAUAAAAAAAGAACUGGGUUGUUUCCGAAUUGGUUUGGUGUGUGUCAAGCUUGGUUUUUCUGGGCCUCACAACUCUGGCAUGGGCGCAUGCGGCGUGGCUGUGUCCAGAGGCUGAGGCCUCCGUUCUGCGGGUGCAUCUCAGUGCGGCGUGGCUCCUGCUCUCUUAUGGCAUGGCUGCGUGGAGACAUGCAGCGCACAGGUGACCAAAAGGAGGUUGCAUGGCCCAGGCAAAACCUCUCCUCCUCCAACCAGCGCUGCCCUUUGUCUUUCAUUCAGCACAUGUCAGUUUUACUCAGGCUCCCUUAUCUUCAUCCCGCAGUGGGAAUUCUCAGGAUGCACCCACUUGGGCUGUGUGACCCUCUUAAGAAGGCUCUGAGACCUCAGUCAAAAUUCUUCUUUGCUGUAAGUGGAUGGGCUGAGCUUAGGUUGCAGGUUGCAGGUGUCCACUUCCUCCAAGGAAAGUCCGUUGGCAUGUCAAGUCCAUUAAAGGAGCUGGGAAUUGCGUAGCUGUGGUCUUGUGCCCAUUGCUGGUCCGUCUCAGGGAUGGAGAGCAUCUGUAGCCCUGUGGAUGCUGUUGAUCUCCAGCUCCCAUCAUCCGUGAUCAUUGGGCCUUUCAGUCAGGGAGUCCAACAACAUCUGGAGGAUCUAGUCAAAAUCCCGUUCAUGUUUUCCUUUCACUACACAAGCAGUGCAGGAACAUUUGCACAUCUGGAGUAGGCAGACUUAUUUUGCAGUGAUAGCAGCUGUUCUCCCUUUGUUUUGGGGUCUCCCGUUCUUCGGGAGUUCCCCCCCCCCACAAGGAAAACAAACCUCCCAGCUCCAGUUCAUUCCAGUGCCCACAAGGGCUGUCCCUCACACUCUGAUCUUUAGAGGAGGGGCUUCCCCCUUGCUCCCCUGGGACCCUGCUGUAUCCCCAGAGCCCUCUGCCCUCCGUUUGGCCUGCAAGUGCCCUGCAUCUCCAGUGUGUGUUUGCAUGUGCCAAUGCCAGCCACAAGCAUCAGCAUGCAUCAUGCCGCUUUACAUUAUCAGAGGCAAGAGAGUCCUCCAUGCAAUGUAUUUCCCUCUAAAUAGAUCAGGGGGUCAUGGGGAAAUCCCUGGGGAGUUGUGGCGGAGGGGAGAGGGUUUGGACACAGCAGCACAAAUUAGGCAAUCCACAGGUUCCACUUUUUAUUUUUAACGUCAUUGAAAUCCUGUGAAUUUGAUUUGCUUUAAAGGGUCAAGGAGGGGCAGGAGUCUGGCUGGGCACCCGGUGCUCCGUGCGAAAUCUUCCCUCGAGAUCAAAUCCGCAUUCUUCCCCCCAAACAUUUUCUUAAAUCUGUAUAUGAAUCGAUCUAGAAAUAAAUUUAGAGGUAUAGGCUGCCAUUUUUGCAGCAGUAUAUUCUGAAAUGUCUCAUAAAUAUAUUUUUGAAUAAAGAGGGUGUCGUUCAACGGGU